AUGGGUCGGACGGUUUUUAUUGAAACAGAUGUCGUCACUUCACAACUAAACUCACUUUCGACAAAUAAAUUCUCCUUCGGAUUUCUUUGCGGUCAGUGUACAAAAUCUGAACGUGACUAUAUUCAUUACAUUAUCGACGGAGUGACCUCAAAGCAGACGGAUGCUGAUUCAUUCUUCGACUCAUCAACAACCAACAAAGAGUUAUGGGCAAAAAUCAUCGAAGUUACAUCUUCAUUGUGUGCCGGUGUGUCAAUCAUUGGUUUCUAUUGUCGUGCAAAGGCUGAAACAUUGAAAUCCGCAAAUUUCGCAUUGAAAGUCCGUCGUCUAUUCGAUAUUCUUCAAACUGCACUACGAACUUACGCACCGUGGAGUUUAGCUCAAUCAUCCCAUCGAAUUUUACUACAAUCAGAAAUCGGUGGUGGAGCAAAUAAAUGGAUUGUGAAAACGAUCGACAUGAGCACCGACGCAGUUCAUUUUCGCCCGGUGGAAAUGAAAACCUUUGAACCGAAAGCGAAUUCUGUCUGGUGUAUAACAACAACGAUUCCAUUGCAGUUUAAAGUAUGGCUAAAUCCAAUAGCAAAUAAUAAUGACGAUGAACAAGUGAAACUGAUUGAAAAACAAUUCGAAGAACAAUGGAGAGUGUAUACAGACAGUUUAAAGGAAAGUCUUCUGCUAAUGGAUGAUCAUUUACUCUCAUUAGAAAAUAUCAAACUGCCAUCGAAAUCGAGCACGAGUUCGGUAGAUAUUCAAUGGUUAUCUCCGAUUGAUUGUCCACUAUCGGAUGCCUAUCAAGAUGAAAAUCGCGUUUGUUACAAAUUCGACGGAAGUGCUAAUCUGCGAUUUUUUACAUGCCAUUCUGAUCUAACAGGAAAUGAUAUCCGACAAUAUUUCCUCGAGGAUCUUUUUCGUUCAAUGCUGAUUCGUUUGAAUUUAACUUUGAUGAAUAUUGACUCAAAUUCCAAUCAAAAUCCUUCUAUAGCUCGACUUGUUUUACCACGUCGAAUUUAUGUCAAUCAACCGGUUUUUGUAUCUGCGUAUCAACUUUUUCAUGAGCAAUUAUCAUCGGCAAUUGAUUCCUUCCAAGAAAACUUUAAAAUCACCUCACUUUUGGAAGAAGAUCUCGAAGCAGCUGAAGAAUUUCCCGUGCAAAUCACGAGUGAAGAACGAAUCAAACAACUGAACACGGACACGAAUAAACACACUCAACAGCAAUCAUCAUCAGCGAAGAAGAGCGUAUAUCAAAACUUCGUUGCUUUGAUUGAGCAAUAUUUUGGUACUGGGAAUGCAGUACUCGUCAUAUUAAUUUUUUCAAUAGUCGUGUUAUUGCUUAGUAUCAUGAUAAAACUUUUUACAUGA